GCAGCCACCAGUGAGAGAGAGAAAGAGAGAGAGGAAGAGAGAACACCAACAAGCAAAGGCAGCAGAGAGAAGUGGAUUGGGAGAGGGAGAAGGAGAGAAGCCAGCAGUGGGAGACAGGGUAAAAUAAAGAGAGAAGAAGAGACAAAACAGAGGGAAAUAAGGGUAGUAGACAUAUCGGUAGAGAUGGAGGUUCAAACAGACUGCAGUGAACCACCUCCAUUUGACCCCCAGCCAACGGGAAAGCUCAACAAAGCUGCCUUCAAGCUGUUCGGCAGGCGCAAGUCUGGCAGCAGCAUGCCGAGCAUCUUCUCAGUCAGGAACAAAGGGGAGUCCACCGGUAAAGCUGCUGGCAAGCCGCUGGAGCUCGUUAGGAGCAAAACUCAUGAUGGCUUAAUAGCAGACACAACCUCAGGGUUUGACGGCCACAGGAAAGAGGAGUCUGUCAGUGCUGACCAGCUCCACGCCAGCACACCAGAUGGUGUGUCCACCGCACCCCUCCGCAGCUCUGUCACCAAGUCUUUCAGCUUCUUCUCUUUGCUACGCAGAAGCAGCAGCCGUGCAGGGGAAGGAACCUCUACGGUGGGACGGCGGGGACGUGGACUCAAGGGGCUGUUCAGCAGCAUGCGUUGGCGCCGGAAGCCCCAGGCUAAUGAGGACUCAGGUGAGGUGCAAGAGGUGGCAAAGGAGGUGAAGGAAGGAGAUCUAAUAAUUUCCUCUGACAACAUGACAGAUAAGGAGGGCAUAACUCUCACUCUUGAGCCCUUACUACAAGUUUUUGAGGUCACUCCUCUCCCAGGGGAUGCAGGAAAUUGGAAGGGAACGUCUAUGCAGGAAUUAGAGUGUACUAAUGAAGUGGAGUGUGGCAAGUGUGUUCCUCUUUCAUCACAACAUAUAGUCACUGAGGACUCUCCAGCUCCUUCUCCACUCCAAGACCAGACAGGGGGGCUCCAACAUGCUAAACACAGUGGUUCCACACACCUGUCUUCCAUUACAAUCUGUGAAUUGACCCCUCCAAUGGAGCACAGCACAGCUGACCCACCAUCUGAACAGUCUGUGGAUCGCUUAUGCUCCAUGUUCACCGAUGUUACUUCUCUAAAAAGUUUUGAUUCCCUAACUGGCUGUGGUGAUAUCAUCGCUGACCCAGAAGAGGAUUCUGGGAACGGGGGAAGUGCCACGAGCAGUGGAACGGGUAGCAGUAGUGGGGGCUGUAUGGGUCACAGGCUAAGUGGAGCCGGGACAAACUCUGAGAGAUGCUCCCCUGCCAAGCCUCCACUUCCUCCUCAGAUUAGUAGUCUUGCAUCCUUUAAAGCCUCUUGCUACAUGCCAGUCCAUCAAAGAGCAUGUCUAGCUCCUAAAAAGCCACAGGGUAGUGGGGUUGUUGCCUACAUGGGUGGAGGGGAGGAAAUGGCCAGUCCUGAGGGUGUAGAUGAUGCAGAUAUGCAGGGGUUGUGGCACAUGUUGCCCCAGAGGGGCGAAGACUCCCCAGCUCCACAUCGUGCAGAGCCUGGGCUUCAACAAGUGCAGACCAAGCUCGAGAAGAGACCACCUCCAGUGAAGGGACUUCAGGGCCUCAGUAAGAUACCUGUGAGUGGAAGUAGCAAAAUGGGGAACCAGCUACCCACACGUCCUUCCCCGCUACCUGUCGAUAAAGAACUCCAGGACGCCCCACCUAGUGAUGAAGGUUACUGGGACUCCCCCACACCUGGCCCUGAGGAUGAGGACAGCAGCUUCCUUCGUUGUGAUGGCCUACUGAAGGACAGCUGCUCUGGUGAUGCUCUCUAUGACCUCUAUGAUCCUGACAGCCCUAGUGCAGCUGGGUCAGAUGAUGACGUAAGCAUGGCAAAAAAAUCUGCAGGUGAUCUAAAAAUGAGCUUGCCUUCCAAAAAAUGCUCAUCUUCACCCACUUCCUCCUUCCGUUCCAUGAAAGGCAGUACCAGCCUACCUCGAGAUUCCAAGAUCCCCAUUAGUGUGAGACAAACACCGCCAUCCCACUCUUCCAGUCAAGGAGCGCUCUCUUCCAAUCUUAGCCCCACUUCAAAAAUCCCCUCUAAAAAGACUGAUGCCCCACCACGCACUCGGAUCCCUGUCUCUAAGGUUCCUGUCCGUCGUACUGGCAACAAGAGCACCCCCACCACACAAAGCAGGAAGUAGAGAACUCAAGAGGCUCAUCAGAUGCUUUUGACAAUACAGAAAAAAAAUCACAAAGAGCUUUAGGCCAAAACAAUUUUUUUUGGAUAUAUUAUCAAGCAAUCAUCCACUAUAUUGAUUUCACUCAUUUACUGAGGAUUACAUCUUUGCUGGGGGUUUCUUCUUCAAAACUUCUUUUGUUGUGAAGUGUAGUAUAUUACACAUAAUUAAAUUAAGACAUUUGUAGAAUGCCCUACAAUAUGUAACACAUGACAUUCUUAAUAAUGUGAUCCUGAGUUUGUUUUUAUACAGCUCACCAGCCAUUGGAAGAGGGCUAAUAUGGUGAGAUUGUUGAUCUUUUGAAGAAUGUUAAAUAUCAGCAAUUGUGGGAAUUUCUGGUUUAUCUGUCCCACAAGCCCUUAGCACUGUGUAAAACGCAGCUGCAAUCUUCAUCUCUCAAGGAUUGUUCAAAAUAUAAUUUGGAUGACUAUUCGAGAUGAAGCCAGGCCAAGCACUUCUUACACUCCAAACUAAGCUGCAUGGAGUCUUGUACACUCAAGCUGGAUCAGGGAACACAGCCUUUUGAUUGAGUCUCUUUUGUAUUACACAACUUUACUUCCUAUUGAUAUACAUUUUUUUCUUUUUACUGAGUCUUCACAUUUCUUAAUCUUUUAUAAAGGACAAGGACCUCCCUACGACCUCACUGUGGAUAUGUGUGCACUGCUUGUUUUGUCUUUUGAGAAACACAGCUUGCAAAAAAAUACUCUGGAUCAUGAGUAAAUCACUCUUCUCACAGUGAUUUGUACUACAACUAACCUGGAAAUACUUAGCUGUAUUUUUCUGAAUGUAGCAUGUCAUCACUCUACACAAAGGUCUGUUUUAUUUUCCUGCUCACUGCUCCAUGAGACAGAGAGAGAGAGAUACAGUGAAGCCCAUAUGUGUCACAAAAUAACAGUCUUCUGCCAUGUUGCUGUUCUCCGGGACUCAUCUCCCAACAGCUUUUAGACUUGGAAUGGGCUUCCAUAUACACUGCGAAAAAUACUUUCUGUACUAGUAUUUUUUGUUUUGUUUGCCAAUUUAAAUAUCUAAAUGUCCCUAAAACAACAUAAUAAACAAGCAUUAGAUAUUGAUAUUAUUUCAGUUAAUAUAUUUUGAAUAGCUUACUUUUCUUACCUAAUUGGUAAUUUGUUUUUCUGAGGUGUUUGCUUAAAAAAAUUGCAAGUGGAGUAAUAAAAAUACUAAAUUCUUAAAUCUUAAUUCAAGAUAUAUUCUCUAAAAACAUCUCAAGUAAAUGUAUCUCGUUUUAAGGGUAUUUAGAUAUUUUUUUCUUCUUCUGGAAAACAGAUCAAGCCCGUGAGAUUUUGACAUCAUUUGAGCAUUGGGGUUGCUCCACAAUUGUCAAUAAAAUAUUUUGAUAUUUUAAUUAAACAUUUUUAAAAUUAUUCAUCACAGUUGUAAGACAUUUUCUCUCCAGAAGGCCUAUGACAUGGCUUCUCUCUUUUCUAUAAAAUGAAUUGCUCCUUUUCUUUGAAUUGUUCUUUAUUUAAUGAAUAAAACUUGCGCUCUGUGUA